GGUAGAUUACUGCAUGUCAUUUUAAAGCGCGCUAAAAUAGUGGAAACAACAUAUACUCAGCACGACAUAAAAUUCUCCUGGUGUAAGAAGCUGAUUUAGGCUCUUUCAAAGCAGCGUUUAGGAUUCUUAUUGCCAGCAGUCAGCUUGCCUUCAUUUUAGGGCUGGGCGGUAUACUAUACAGUAUUUUACGAUCUACCGGGAUUGAUGCACGGACGGGAUUGUGUUUUUACUUUACCUUCUAUAAAGCAAACGUUGAUGCCUACAGAGUGAUGGAUCGAUACAAUGAUGUGAAGAUUCUUCUGAAAACCUGGGAGCAGUCAUUUGUUCAAGAACAUCAAAGAAAGCCCAACAAGGGUGAUAUUGACGCAGCCCCAGAAGAGGCUAAAAAGCUCUACAAAGAAUAUCGAACACUCAAGCAAGCAAAAGAAAACGGCAACAAUGGGCAUACAGACCCAACACCUACUGCACAGACUCAGUCAUCUGAGAAGGAAUCUGAUUGCUGGGGCACUCACCUGAACCGUAAGAGCAUGCCGGUGGCUGCCCCCAAACUGACGCUGACGCCCAAGGACAAGGAGUCCCUCCAAGCCUCGGCCCAGUACUUUGGCAUGAAGCUCAAAUCAAACCUGGGUGCUCUAACAAAGGAAAGACCGGUUUCUCUGAAGAAGUCGUUCACGCCACGUCGAACACCUCUGAAGUCCUGGAAAGACGGCCAGAGCCCAAACCCUGCAGCUGGUGCUGCAGGCAGCGAUACACUGUUAUCCCCUCUGCUAAUGCCAGCCAACACACGUCCACACCUCCUGGCCUGUCCAGUGCAGACAGGGACAGAACACCCACAGCAGCCCUUUGAGCCAAUACCAGCCUUCACGCCCUCCAAGCUGUGGUCUCCUGCAGCGGGGGCAUCCUCAUCAGACAGACCGGCAGGAAGUAGGGCCCAGCAGCUCAGACAGACCUUCACCAAGAGGUUAUCCUCUGUAGACAGCAGCUGGCUCGAGAGAUGUCAGGUGUUUGACGAGGUGGGUGUCGCGGAGAAGCCGGUUGUGGGUAAUUUGUCUCUCGCCGUGGUGUCGGAGGUAGAUUCACCACCGGCCAAAGGGGGAGGUGUUGGCGAGGGAGAGAACCCAGGACGUGCCGCCAGUUCCUUUGUCAUACCUUCCAUGCAGAAAGAAGGGACAACUCUCCUGGGGGAGAGGGCUUCCAAGAGUACCAUGCCACAGGCUCUGCCUUUUUCAGACGAGCAACAGCCCAAAAUUGGUUGUGGCGUAACGUCUGCAGCAGUCCCAGCCAGUCUGCGGUCCACUGGACAACACUCCUCAUUGGGGUCUGGCUCCGGAGAGGGAAAGGAUGGAGAAACCAGACCAGGUCUCAGAGGACAGGCCGAGGGCGGAACGUCAGAAGAGACAGCCAUCGGCGCCUCCACCGCCAAGAAAUCUCGAGCAAGGGCCAGAAAGGGCCGGGUAGGAAGGGUUGAAGAGGAGGCAGAGGUGUCGACGCAGCCACCACAGAAAGCUGAGGGUGACGAGCUCGGGCCGGAGAAGAAAGGUACGAAGAAAAAGGCCAAAAAGAGGCAAAGGGACCUUGACACAGAUGGAGAGAACCCUGACGACACAGAGAAAGAGGGGGCGGUGAAAAAGAGGAGAACCAAAAAGGUUACAGAGGCUACAGUUGAUGGCAGGAGUCCCAAAAAAGUCCCCAGAGUGAGGAAGAAGAAGGCUCAGACGGGUGAUGGAAAUGCUAGCGAGCAGGGGAGUGGUGAUGUCACAGAGAAGGAAGCAGUGAAGCAGAAACCAAGGGUUCCACAGGAGAACCUCCUAGGAGAGGUGGAUGAGGAAGAUGUCAAAGCUGCCAGGAACAGAGGGAGCAACACUAUGAGACCUAAACCUACCAAGAACUCGGACUGUAACUUUGUAAGGAUCAACCUGAAAAAUAAGUCUCAUGUCAAAGGAUACGCAUGUAGGGGCGCUGGCCUACGGAAGCAGUUGACCAUGGAGAAGUUCCAGCUAAAGGGGGAGAGGUUUGGAGGACCAGACUCGCGGUUUAGAGGGGGAAGAAGCAGAGGAGGGUUUAGAGGGGGAAGAGGCAGAGGAGGGUUCAAUCAUCCAGGGGACAGCUGCUUCAAGUGUGGAGGCACAGGGCACUGGGCUAUGAACUGCAAGGGCAGAGUUGGAGCUCCAGUAGACAGUGCUGCUGCUGAUGAGGCGUCUGCGGUUGAGGAGCCCUUCGAACUGCCAACCUUGGAAGAAGUUGCCCGGGCAACGGGAACUCUACGUUCCGAGCCUCGGGUGGCGCCCCCCAUUGUUAAAGAGGAGAAUGAGGGUCUGGGGGACAAGCAGGAGGAUGGUGGUGACGAGGUCUUGUUGAAUGUGAUCAGGCCGGAUUACGAGCGCCUGCUCCCUCCGCCCCCCAUGCAGCCCCUCUACCCCCUAGGGGAGGACGGCAAAGUACAAGCGGUGCCCUCUGAAGUUAAUGAAGCACUUAAAGACUUUGGGUACAAGUCUUUCAGACCAGGGCAGGAACAGGCCAUCAUGAGAAUUCUAUCAGGUCUGUCCACGCUAGUGGUGCUUUCUACGGGCAUGGGCAAGUCUCUGUGCUACCAGCUGCCUGCCUACCUCUAUGCCCAGAGGUCUAACAGUAUCACUCUGGUGGUGUCACCACUUGUGUCUCUUAUGGAUGAUCAGCUUUCUGGACUCCCAUCCAAGCUGAAAGCGGCUGCCAUUCACUCCAAUAUGUCUAAAAAACAGAGAGAGGUUGCCAUUGAGAAGGUUAAGGCAGGUAAGGUCCAUGUCCUGCUCCUGUCCCCUGAGGCGUUGGUAGGUGGAGGUCACUCUGGCUCUGGCUGUCUUCCCCCAGCUGACCAGCUCCCCCCGGUGGCCUUCGCCUGUAUCGACGAGGCCCACUGUGUCUCAGAGUGGUCACACAACUUUAGGCCCUGCUACCUGCGUCUCUGCAAGGUGUUGAGGGACCGUCUGGGCGUGCGUUGCCUGUUGGGUCUGACUGCCACCGCCACCCUGUCCACAUCCCUGGACAUCGCUCAAAACCUGGGCAUCACUGACCAGGACGGUGUUGCUGUCCGCUCAGCCGCAGUGCCUAACAACCUGCAGCUGUCUGUCUCCAUGGACCGAGACAAGGACCAGGCCCUGGUGUGUCUGCUGAAGGGUGAGCGGUUUGGGUCUCUGGAGUCCGUCAUCAUCUACUGCACCAGGAGAGAGGAGACGACCCGUAUAUCUGCCCUGCUCAGGACCUGCCUGCAGGGGGUGCUGUUGAAGGAGUCUAACCGUACAGCUAGUCAGGAGGCAGAUGACAACCCUGUAGGGAAGAAGAAGAAAGCUUUGGCCAGGAAGAAGAUCCGUAAGCCUCUGAAGUGGAUGGCUGAGUCCUACCAUGCCGGCAUGUCGUCCUCCGAGCGUCGUCGUGUCCAGAACAACUUCAUGUGUGGUGAGCUGCGAGUGGUGGUCGCCACGGUAGCCUUCGGCAUGGGCCUGGACAAGUCGGACGUGCGUGGAAUCGUGCACUACAACAUGCCCAAGAGCUUUGAGAGCUACGUGCAGGAGAUCGGGAGGGCAGGGAGAGAUGGGGAACCGGCCCACUGUCAUCUCUUCCUGGAUCCUGAGGGAGGGGACCUGCAUGAGUUGCGGAGGCACAUCUAUGCCAAUACGGUGGAUUACUAUACUGUGAAGAAGAUAGUGCAGAAGGUGUUUCCUCCCUGCAGGUGCAGACAGAUCCACCAGAACCAGCAGGACCUAACCAGGACUCAGGAGGAGGUUGAUGACUCCGAGAUGAUGGAACUGAUGGACACCUGUGAUGAGAACCCAGUUGAAACACCGGAACACACAACAGAGACUGGUCAGAACACCCCCGUCGAGAAGUUGGAACAGGCCAAAGUUCCUACUGAGGAUGUAUCAACUUUUCAACCACUGGACGGAGAGCAGAAACACCCACCAGAGUCAAGUGUUCCAUUUCCCCAGAGAGGGGAUGGCGAACAUGAAGAGGAGGAGCAGACAGGGGGAGGUGAUGAUUGGCCCACGACUAGGGUGUGUCAAACCCAUGAGAGGGCCAUACCUAUGCAGGACACUGUGGAAGCCCUGGACAUCACUGAGGAAGGUUUGGAGACUCUGCUGUGCUAUCUGGAGCUGCACCCUCAGCAGUGGGUAGAGCUGCUCCACCCCACCCUCUCCACCUGUAAGAUGGUCUGUUACAACGGCCCGCAUCAACUCCGCAAACUCACCAAAAUCUGCCCACCUGUUGCCGUAGUGUUAGCCCGAAAACGGCUGGCAGGGGAGCGAGUGGACACCUGUGAUUCGGUCGACUUUGAUGUGGUGGAGGUGGCAGACACUAUGGGCUGGCAGCUGGGUCUGGUGAAGAGAGGCCUCAGACAACUACAGUGGGCCACAAACAGAGGAGUCUUGGUGGAGUUCUCCAACCUGUCCUUCUACUUCCGUUCCUACGGUGAUUUGACCCCGGAUGAGAUGGACCGGGUGUGUGAGUUCCUGCAUGGCAGGGUGGUGGCCCAGGAGAGGACCAAACUGUACCAGCUCAAAGCCUGCUUCAAGGCCUUCCGCAGCGUUGCAUUCAAGAGCUGCAGUGUCUGUGCGGACAAGCUGGACGAGAGCAGAAGCCUGAAGCUGAAAGGGCUUCUGGGGGAUUACUUUGAUAAGAGGAGAGAACUGGACCUGAGCAGGAAGUUCCAGGAGGAGAAGGAUGGCGAGGACGAGGAGGAGCUGUUGUUGAAAUGCAAGAUGAAGGACUUCGAGGGUCAGAUCAGAGCAGACAUUCAGAGUUUCCUGGGCAACCGCAGUGAUGAGAAGUUCUCUGGCAGAGCCGUCGCUAGAAUAUUCUUUGGAAUUGGGAGUCCAUGUUACCCAGCUCAGACCUUCGGCAGGGACAAGAGAUACUGGAGAAAAUACAUCCAAUUUGAUUUUAAUGAAAUCAUCCGCUUUGCUAUUCAGGAGAUCAUUCGAUUCAAGUGAUGAAAUACCUACUCUAUCUAAAAAAAUAAAAAAUAAAAAAAUGUUUUAAAAAAAUAUAUAUAAAAAUGCUGCAACCAUUAACAUUUUUUUUUAUUUAUAAAUGGCUGUUUUAUGGUGUGGUUUCUGUAUUUUUGUUAUGUUUGUUUGGUGUACUGUACAUUUCAUGUAAUGUUCUUUGUAUGCCAAUUUAAUAAAAUGUAUUUUGUAAGGGUAA